AUGCCACGUUUAGAAGAUGCCGAGAUUAAAAAGUAUUGGCAAAUAUUCCAAGGGUUGAAACCAGUCGACAACAAACUAUCCGGUGAUAGUGUUGCUCCAGUUUUGAAAAAUUCACGAUUACCACAACAACAAUUAUCAGCAAUUUGGGACCUUAGUGAUAUAGACAAUGAUGGAAGUUUAGAUUUUGAGGAGUUUUGUAUAACUAUGAGAUUGAUUUUUGAUUUAGUGAAUGGAUCAAUUCCUGAAGUUCCUGAUCAAUUACCAUCUUGGUUGAUUCCAUCAUCAAAAGCGGCCUUGAUUCAAGCUAAUCAAGCAGUGAGUCAAGGUAGAAAUGUUGGGUUAGAUUAUGAGGAUGAUGAGGAUGGGUUAAGUGAUGAUUUCGAUUGGUAUAUAUCCCCCAGUGACAAAUCAACGUAUGAAACGAUAUAUCAAUCAAAAAAUGAUCAAUUUGGCAGAAUAAGAUUUGAUUCGUUGAAUUCGUUAUAUUCAACUUUAAAAAAUGUACCAUCGAGUGACAUAUCAUCUGCGUGGAACUUGGUUAAUCCUAAAUCGUUUGAAACUAUAGAUAAAGACCAAACAUUGGUGUUUUUGCAUAUAUUGAACCAAAGGGAGAAUGGCAAACGUGUGCCUCGUGGUGUGCCUGCUAGCUUAAGAGCAACAUUUUCAAAGGAGAUACCUAACUAUGAUUUGAGUGCACAGGCGAAACCACUUGAAACGACAAAGACACAAGCUUCGAAACGUUCAUUUGCGGAGAGUUAUUUGAAUAAACUAGGACAUGGAAGUAAUGGCAAUACUGAAAAGGGAACUGAUUUUUCGGCUACUGAAGGAACUGACUGGGAAGAAGUGAGGUUAAAGAGAGAGUUGGCUGAUUUGGAGAGAUUGCUUUCCGAUGUUCAAAAUAGAUCUAAAGCUGAUGAAAAGGAAUCUGAAGAGCAAAGAUUGAUAAAGUAUGAGUUCGAACAAUUGUUAAAGUACAAACAAGACCAGUAUAAUAGACAACAAUCAGGCAACAAGGAUGAAGAUUUACUGAAGGUGGAAAACGAUAUCAAAGACCUUGAAACACAAGCUGAGUCUUUACAAGAAUACUUAGAUUCACGAAAUCAAGAAUUGGCCAAAUUGAACCAAGAGAUAGCAGCACUACAACGUUAA